GCGUGCAAUGUUUGCUCACAGCCAGGGCCAGCAGCUGCUGCCUGCCUGCCUUGGGAGGUUUCGUCAGCCUCCUGCAGCGCUCUGGGAGACACCGCUCGGCCACUGCUGCUUGCACAAGGAACCCCCUCGUCAGGACUGCAGCCAUGGCCACCUCAGCGAGCUCCCACCUGAGCAAGGCCAUCAAGCACAUGUACAUGAAACUGCCGCAGGGGGAGAAGGUGCAGGCCAUGUACAUCUGGAUCGACGGCACGGGGGAGCACCUCCGCUGCAAAACCCGCACGCUGGACCACGAGCCCAAGAGCCUGGAAGAUCUCCCUGAGUGGAAUUUCGAUGGCUCCAGCACCUACCAGUCCGAAGGCUCCAACAGUGACAUGUACCUGCGACCUGCUGCCAUGUUUCGGGACCCUUUCCGCAAGGACCCCAAUAAACUCGUUCUCUGUGAGGUCUUCAAAUACAACCGCCAGUCUGCAGAGUCAAAUCUCCGGCACACCUGCAGGAGGAUUAUGGACAUGGUGUCCAACCAGCACCCCUGGUUUGGGAUGGAGCAGGAAUACACUCUCCUGGGGACAGACGGACAUCCGUUUGGCUGGCCUUCCAAUGGCUUCCCUGGACCCCAAGGUCCGUAUUACUGUGGUGUAGGGGCAGACAAAGCCUAUGGCAGGGACAUUGUGGAGGCCCACUACCGAGCGUGCCUUUAUGCCGGCGUGAAAAUCGGAGGAACCAACGCAGAAGUGAUGCCAGCCCAGUGGGAGUUCCAGGUGGGACCAUGCGAGGGGAUUGAGAUGGGGGAUCACCUCUGGAUCGCGCGCUUCAUCCUGCACCGGGUGUGUGAGGACUUCGGGGUUGUGGUAUCCUUCGAUCCCAAACCCAUCCCUGGGAACUGGAACGGUGCUGGCUGCCACACCAACUUCAGCACCAAGAGCAUGAGGGAAGAAGGAGGUCUCAAGCACAUCGAGGAGGCCAUCGAGAAGCUGAGCAAGCGCCACCAGUACCACAUCCGUGCCUACGACCCCAAGGGGGGGCUGGACAAUGCCAGGCGCCUGACGGGCUUCCACGAGACAUCCAACAUCAACGAGUUCUCGGCCGGCGUGGCUAACCGCGGUGCCAGCAUCCGCAUCCCGCGCAACGUGGGCCAUGAGAAGAAGGGCUACUUCGAGGACCGCCGGCCCUCGGCCAACUGCGACCCCUAUGCCGUGACAGAGGCGCUGGUCCGCACGUGUCUCCUCAACGAAACUGGGGACGAGCCUUUUGAGUACAAGAACUAAGCAGACUGCGCCCCACGGCCGCCGCCGCCGCCUCCCCCCGCGCUCCCCGCGCCCCUAAAGUUCCCUUCUAGCUGUAAUCCCGAGGGUACAAGAUAACAUGUUCCGUGUCUCAGUAACUCUUGUUGUCUUGAGGUGGGGAGGAGGGCAAGUUUAGUUUUAUCUGUGUCUGUCACUGACUCUUCGGAAGACGAGAGGAGGACGGGGUGUUAGAGAACUUUUAACCACUGUUUUAAUUUUUUUGUCUAAUUCAUGUGUACAUCCGAUGGAAUCCAGUGGCUUCCAGGGACAGACUGCACACGCAGAAAGCGUGUAGGAGAGGAGAAAGCUUAAAACAUAGCCAGAUUUGGGGGCCAGCCCCGCUGCUGGCUCUCUGCAGACUGAUGGCUGUCUGAGGUUGGAGCCUCUCUGUGGAGAAGGGAAGAUGGGAGCUGUGGUGAUGGGAGCUGUGUGUGUGCUCCUGCCUGUGUGGGGACGUGACGGGGACAUCGUCGCCCUCCGGCCACUCUGAGGUUUCUGGGAAUCUUCUGGCAUUGAGGAGAACUGGUUCUGCCACUGGAAGUCAACCCAUCUCUGGCUCAUAACACAGAGUGAAGUAGUAUUUUUCUAUUUAAAUAUAAAAACAGAAAAAAAAUUAUAUAUGAAAGUGUUUUUUUUCUUGGAAGAGAUGACGUUCCAACGCCUCAUCCAGCCGGAGUGGGCAGAGCUCUUGCGGAUGCAGUCGGAUGCAGGUGGGACUGAGGGUGAGCUCAGAGGGAGACUGGGAUGAGAUUUGUUCCAGCAUGGAGUGGAGCUUGCAGGAGACGGUUCCCAGAGCAGGAAGCCUGCAGAAGCAUUUGUUACUGUAAUGGGAGGAAGGUGUCCUGAACCAAGAGUUGACUGGUCGACAGCAUUCUGGACAGAGCUGUGGCUGUGUCACCUGUCCAGCAGGGCUAGCAUGUCACUAAAGCAGGGCUUUGGAUAAAGGUUAAAAACAAACAAAAAACAAAACAAAAAAAAACCACAACUAAAAAAAAAAAAAGAAGUUUUAAUUUUUUUUUCAUAAUGUUCUUAGUUUCUCCGACUGAGUGGUUUUACAGAGGCCACUGUUGUGUCCUGGCUCUCUCGGGCUGCCUGCCAUCCAGCUAGGAUGACGGGGGCUAGGAGAAGGGAAGGGAGAGGCCACCUGUCCCACCCAGCCAGCCCUGGCACUCCAGCUGCUGCUGGGGGUUUCAGAGAUUCUGGGAUUUUACACAUGGGUAUCUUAGAUGGUGCCAGUUAUACUCCAUUGCAUUUGGACUUCUUCCAAAUAGGUUUUUUGGGUGUUGUUUUUUUUUUUUUUUUUUGGUAAUAAAAAAAGAAAAAAAGAACACAACCUUCAA